AAAAAUCGAUUAAAAUCGUAAUCGUCCAAGAUGACAAAAAAAAAGAAAAUCGAGAUUUUAUUUUUUGGCCAUAUCGCCCAGCCCUAGACGAGCGUGCGGCGCACGCCCGAGCGUAGAGUUGCAUGGCGGUGCCCGGUCGGGACCGGGGGUGAACGGACAGGCGGUGUAGGUUUGGAGAAAUGAACGUGUCAUUCCUCAUAGAUAUAUACAAACACUAGAUGGCUCAUGAGCGCUGUCAGCCUAUGGGGAGCGACGUCGCCACAUGGCGGCCAUCUUGGGACAGGGCUGCUCGAUCACUCAUAACAUUAAAGUCAAUGGAGCAUGGAUUUUAAAAUCACUGUAGAUUGCUCAAUUUUCAACUGAUUUUACAACAGCUUGGUUUUAGGGCUGCCACGAUUAGUCGACUAGUCACGAUUAUGUCGACUAUUAAAAUCGUCGACAACUAAUUUAAUAGUCGACGCUUCGUCUUUUUUUAAAUCACUGUUUUUCUCUCAAAACUGCUGCGGCAUCUUCCACUGCCGCGUCUGCCUUUCUGUCCUUGACACACAUGCGCACUAGGGGUAAUCGGGAUCAGCCGCGAUGUCACCGGAAAUUUAUACCUGACUGGCUAUGGUAUCAUGGCAACCCGGCGGCAACGGAACUCUAAAGUGUGGGAGCAUUUUAAGCAAACACAAGACAAAAGUGUGCAAUGCAAUAUCUGCAAGACAGAGCUUUCCUUUCACGGCAGCACAAGUGCGAUGCACGAGCACCUGAAAAGGAAGCACGUUUUGGCUUGUGACAACGAUGAAGAGGGACCGUCGUCUCGUGCUAAAAAAGUACGUUCUUCUUCAAUGGACGGAUUUGUUACAAAGCUAGCUACAUGCACACCUCAGCAAGCAAAUGUUCUGACUGAGUCCAUACUGAACAUGUUGGUGACGGACAUGAGACCCCUGUCGAUGGUGGAGGAUGAAGGGUUUAAGGAGAUGAUUAAACAAUUCAACCCGGAUUAUCACAACAACUACCUACCAGGCAGAUCCCACUUCACCGCAUUGAUGGAGAAGAAAUAUCAUGCAACCUUUGAGAAGGUAAAGGAGACCCUCAGGGGCGUCAACAGUUUCCUCACGCUGACUGCUGAUGUGUGGACCAGUCGUGCAACAGAGGCUUACCUUGGAGUGUCUUGCCAUUUCCUGAGUGAAGACUGGAAAAUGAAGAUGUUCAACCUUUCCACCAUGCCUCUUGAGGAGAGGCAUACUGGUGCAAAUAUAUUGACAUGGAUGGAACAGGUUUUAGCAAAGUUUGACAUCUUGCCCACCAAAAUAAAAGCAGUAGUUCAUGAUAGUGGUUCCAAUAUGGUGGCAGCAAUGCGACUGCUUGAAGAAAAACAUGGAUGGGCCUCCAUCCGCUGUGCUGGACACACACUCCAGCUCGUAGUCAACACUGCUCUCAAAGAAACCACCAUUAGCAGAGCACUCGGUGCUGCCAGGCAGCUUGUGGAGCACUUUAAGAGAAGCGAGCUGGCUAGUACAAAGUUAAAGAUGAAGCAGGAGCAAAUGAAUGUUAAGCAAAAUGCACUGAUCCAGGAUGUCAGUACAAGAUGGAACAGUACAUUCCACAUGAUUGAAAGACUCCUUGAACAGCGCUGGCCUCUCACUGCCACUCUGUCAGAUCCCGAAGUAACUCCAAGGGGGAAACACUACUUCGACCUGAAGCCAGAGCAGUGGGAGCUGCUUGAAGAAUUGAAGCAGGGGUUGGCACCUUUUGAGACUGCUACUGUUUACCUUAGUGCACAGCAGUACACAACCAUUUCAGGUCUUCCACAGGUGGUCAAAGGGCUGACACGGGCUGUACACCAAAGCCAAUUUGAGACAAACUCAGGAAAAUCCUUCAUUUCCAGUGCAGAAAAGGGGAUAACACAGAGGUGGGGGAGUAUUUGCACUAUCUCAGGAGACAAAGAAAAUCCAGUUCUUCUUGCAGCUGCCCUGGACCCGAGAUACAGAAAGCUGAAGUUUUUGACUCCUGAAGAUGGCAUCAGACUGCAGGGGAGUAUUGAAGUGCUUGCUGUCAAAGAAGCAAAAACGACUGGGACACAGGAUGCAAAAGGGCCAAUGCAGAGGGCCCAUGGUUCAGGUAGAAAGAGUGCUCUGGAAACCCUUCUUCAGUCUGACACAGACAGUUUGAGUGAAAAUGAGGAUGGAGAAUCUGAGGAGGACAGAAAGAUCCAAGUUGUGAUAAAUGAAGUUCGGCUGUACUUCGGAGAGGCUUCACUUCCUAAAAACGAGGAUCCACUGGAAUGGUGGAGUGCAAAUGAGGGGCGUUUCCCCACAAUGUCAAAGCUUGCCAAAUCAUUUCUGUGCAUCCCUGCAACCUCCACCCCAUCGGAGCGGAUUUUCUCUGCAGCAGGGAACAUCUGCUCUCAAAAGAGAGCAAGCCUUUCUUCAGGACAUGUAGAAAUGCUAACUUUCCUGGCUAUGAACAAGACCCUUGUGCAGUUUGGCAUUAUAUAGAGUAACAGUAUAGUAAAGUUGAAUACUGUUGUGAGCACUGAGCACAAAACGCACUUUUGUUACAUUUGAGUCAGUGAGACCAAAACUUUAAUAAUUCCUUAGUUACAAGUGCCUACCUCAUUGUUGCUAUGUUUGAUGCCAAAGACAAAUUAAGGAAAGAAAAGGCCUAAAAAAUAAAUAUAAAGUUUUUUUUUUGUGUUGUUUAGGCAAGUGCCUUUUCCUUAUUUUACUCAGGUGUUUGCACUUUAUGCUACACAGUUAAACAACUGUUUGUUGCUACAAGCAUAUUUUAUUAAAGGUUUAUUGAACUGUUAUCUUAAUUGUCUUUAUUUUUAGUUGGCAUGUAUCUUAAACACUUCAAGCUGAAAGCUAAUUAUGGUUAUAUAAGAGCAGCUUCAUGCUGGUGCGAUAAGUUGUAUGUUUUACUUUGAAUUUACGUAUCAUCCGAUUAGUCGACUAAUCGAUAAGAUAAUCGGUGACUAGUCGACUAUCAAAAUAAUCGUUUGUGGCAGCCCUACUUGGUUUGUUAUAAACGUCAGAGA